AUGAGUCUUAAGACUUCGAUAUUGUUGAAUUCACUGAGUAGAGGGAUUGGAAAGACUACAUUGGUAAGAAAUAUAUGUAUUGAAAUGGGUCUUAAUUUGAUUGAAUUUGAUUGUUUUGAAUUAUUAAAUCCAGGACAAGAAUUGAAAACUAUUGGAUUAUUGACUGGGAAAAUUGAUAAAAUAAUUGGGAACUUGCCAAAUGGAGACACAGGGUUUCAUGUUAUUUAUUUAAAACAUAUUGAGAAUUUAUGUCCUAAAACUGAUGAUAAUGAUCAAAAUUCAAGUAUUUUCACUUCGUUGUCUUUGAAAGUUAUCCAAACUUUGAAUGAUUAUUUAAAUAAAUACCCCAACAUGGUGAUUAUAAUGAGUUGUAAUGACUAUGAUAAAUUAAAUGAUAAUUUGAAAUCAUUGAUUAAAUUUACAAUUGAAUUCACCGUUCCUACCGAGAAUGAAAGAUUAGAAAUCUUUAAGUUUUUAAUCACUAAUGAAAAGAAGAAAUUACAUCAACAAAAAGAUAAUAUCGAAGAUAAUGAUAUCCUAAUGAAUACCAACAGUCUGAAAUUAACCGAUAUAAAUUCCUUCCCAUUCAUAAUUAGAAAAGACAUAAAUUUCAAAAGUCUUGCACUUCAAUCAGCCGGUUUAACUCCUCGUGAUUUAAUCUCAAUCAUCAAAAAAUCCAAAAAAUUAGCCAUCAAAAGACUCUCCAAACUCGCCAAAGAAUUGCACAUCUCCUCCAUUAAUAAAUUAAUCCAUGUCGGUAAUGGAGGUGUCAUAAAUUGGAUCCCAGAUGAUUUCAACGCCGCCAUCAAUGAAGCACGUAAUCAAUUCAGUGAUUCCAUUGGUGCUCCAAGAAUCCCAAAUGUAAAAUGGGAAGAUAUCGGAGGUUUAGAUCUCGUGAAGGAUGAAAUCUUGGAUACCAUCGAUAUGCCAUUAAAACAUCCCGAAUUAUUUAAUAAUGGACUUAAAAAGAGAAGUGGGAUCUUAUUUUAUGGUCCACCAGGGACAGGGAAAACCUUAUUGGCAAAAGCAAUCGCCACCAAUUUCUCACUUAAUUUCUUUUCGGUCAAAGGUCCGGAAUUGUUAAAUAUGUAUAUCGGUGAAUCGGAAGCUAAUGUUCGUCGUGUGUUCCAAAGGGCUCGUGAUGCAAAACCAUGUGUUAUCUUUUUUGAUGAAUUGGAUUCAGUGGCGCCUAAGAGAGGUAAUCAAGGUGAUUCUGGUGGUGUUAUGGAUAGAAUCGUUUCUCAAUUAUUAGCAGAAUUGGAUGGGAUGAGUAGUGAUGGAGGUGAUGGGGUUUUCGUGGUUGGUGCCACGAAUAGACCAGAUUUAUUGGAUGAAGCAUUGUUAAGACCAGGUAGAUUUGAUAAGAUGUUAUAUUUAGGUAUUUCCGAUACUGACGAAAAACAAACUAAGAUUCUUGAAGCUUUGACUAGAAAAUUCAAAUUGCAUGAUGAUGUUAGUUUGGAAACUGUGGCUGAGAAAUGUUCAUUCACAUUCACGGGUGCUGAUUUUUAUGCCUUAUGUUCUGAUUCUAUGUUGAAUGCCAUGACUAGAGUCGCUAAUGAAGUGGAUGCAAAGAUUAAGCAAUAUAAUGAUGAAAUGAAAUCACAGGGGAAGAAUGAAGUUAAUACAAGAUGGUGGUUUGAUAAUGUUGCUACUGAAGACGAUACUACUGUUCUCGUCAAGAUGGAAGAUUUUAUCAAGGCCCAAAAUGCAUUAAUCCCUUCUGUUAGUGCGGAAGAAUUACAACAUUACUUGAGAGUGAGAGAAAACUUUGAAGGUGGGAAAGAAAAGGCACAGCAAGAUUCUGUGACAAAUGGACAAGUUAUUAAUGAACAAGAUUUAUUAGACGGCUCUAUAACUAUCAACGGAAAUGGUAAUUAG